UUUGCGCGGCGCUGAAUGGGGCGAUCGGGAAUAUAACGUGAUGGUAUUCAUUGAACUUAGGAGGCGGGGCGUGGAUAGUUGACAACUGUCUGGCAUUUGGUCUGCGGUUGACGUCGGCUGUGUGGGUGGGUGGCUUGUGUGUUGUAAGAGACUGCCAGUGAUGGUCAGGUUUGGGUAGGCGAUUCGACUGUGAUUGAGAUAAUGCAGGCUUCUGGUGAGACGUCUGCACGGGACAACAGAAACGCAUUUUGGAAGAAGAAUACCAAGAAUGUGCCUGGCAGAGCCAGUCCUCGCCAUGCGUCCUCCGAGACCGUGUCGGCGGCGAACUUCCAAGACUUCCAGCAGUCGGUGGACGACGCCUGGGACGACGGCGAUGACGAGUUCUGCAUCAUCUCGGGCAAAAUCCAGAAAGACGUCCAGAUCUCGGCCAACAUCGCCCAGUCGACGGCGCUCAGCGUGAUCCGGUCCCACCGGUCUGGCGGCGGCGGCGGGAGACCCCCCGCCCCGCCCAACACCGACAGGUGGGGAGGACAUACCGAGCAGCUCGGCCCAUGCCGGCUGCGCUAUGGAUGGUGCAGAAUGUGCCUUGCCCCCGAGGAACGGUCGCUCUGCGGUGCCCGCGAGGGCUCGGUGCCUGUCGAGGCGCAGUUGGGGCGCGUCGUGACGCCGCGGGGGCGCGUCGUGACGCUGCGGGGCGCUUCCGAGCCGCCGCCGCCGCCGCCAGCUGCGGCGAGACCCUGCAAGACGGAGGUCUCGGAGGCCGGCAAGGCUGAGGCCAUGAUCCGGCUGGCCGCCCAGCGGCCGUCGUCGGCGGAGGGCCAGCCGGCCGGCCUGAUGAACCCGUCCAGCUGUCCCCGGAUGCCGGGCCACCCGCAGCCGCUGCGGCCCGGCGCGGUGCUCCGGCAGCCGCCCGUCCGCUACCUGCAGGACAAGGCCAACGCAGGCCUGGACCGCGAGGCGGCCCGCUUGGUCAAGGUGCGCUCGGCCAUCGACAGCGGCGCCGCCUCGCUGGAUGAGCUGCGCAAGCUAUGCUGGGGCGGCGUGCCGGCCGCGGCGCGCGCCGUCGCCUGGCGCCUCCUCUCCGGCUACCUGCCGCUGCCGCUGGAGCGGCGCCAGCCCACCAUGCAACGCAAGCGCGACGAGUACUGGAGCUUCGUGCACCAGUACUACGACACGCGCCACGACGACAUUCAUCAGGAUACGUACCGACAGAUCCACAUCGACAUUCCGCGGAUGUCGCCGCUGAUCCCGCUGUUCCAGCAGCAGUGCGUGCAGGAGAUGUUCGAGCGCGUGCUGUACAUCUGGGCCAUCCGGCACCCGGCCUCCGGCUACGUGCAGGGUGUCAACGACCUGGUCACGCCCUACUUCAUCGUCUUCCUGCAGGAGGUGUUGCCACCCGGUGCCGACAUCGACAGCUAUGACGUGUCGUCGCUGAGCGAGCCGGAGCGGCGCGUCAUCGAAGCCGACUCGUUCUGGUCCAUGUCGCUGCUACUGGACGGCAUCCAGGACAACUAUACGUUCGCCCAACCGGGCAUCCAGACCAAGGUCACCCAGCUGAAGGAGCUGGUGCAGCGGAUAGACGCGCCCCUGGACGCCCACAUCGCGCGCCAAGGCAUCGACUACCUGCAGUUCGCGUUCCGCUGGAUGAACAACCUGCUGAUGCGCGAGCUGCCUCUCCACUGCACCAUCCGGCUGUGGGACACGUACCUGUCCGAGGCUGACGGCUUCGCCAGCUUCCACCUGUACGUGUGCGCCGCCUUCCUCACCUGGUGGAGCCGCCGGCUCAUGCAGGAGAAGGACUUCCAGGGCCUGAUGCUGACGCUACAGAACCUGCCCACCCACGACUGGACCAACUCCGAGAUCAGCCUGCUGGUGGCCGAAGCUUACAAGCUCAAGUACACGUUCGCCGACGCGCCCAACCAUUUGGCCAGUCGGACCAAGUAGCGGCGGGCCGGGCCGGGCCGGCGACCGCCCGGUGUGUGAUGCCGUGCCGGC